GGCCCUUAUCUGCCCUGGCCCAACAUCCUCUGGCCGCUGCACCAGGGGUGAGAGGGAGGAAACAGGGCCGCCGGGGGUGGGGAGAGGGCGGGCCGGCCAGGGAGCCGCUCACUUUCCCUCAGGGGACCCACGCCGGCUGCCCCGGCUCUCAGGAACCUGGGAGGAGGCGCGGCCCAACGCUGGGGCCGGAUGGGGCCGCCUGGAGCACACAGGCCAGACCAGAGCAGGACAGUGGAGUCUGGCCUGACGCUGGAAACUGCAUCCUGGUCCGGACUGCCAGCCCUGAGUGGACAGAGCCCGGGCACUCACCAGGCUGCAGGAACAGCACUGGGGUGAGCACCCCCCCAUCGGGGUCCAUGUGCCCGCCCCAGGCCCAGGCAGAGGUGGGUUCCACCAUGACUGAGAAGGCAGAGAUGGUGUGUGCCCCCAGCCCAGUGCCUGCCCCACCCCCUAAGCCUGCCUCACCUGGGCCUCCACAGGUGGAGGAGAUGGGUCAUCGAUGCUCCUCACCCCCCAGGCUGCCCCCUGGCGUGCCAGUGAUCAGCCUGGGCCACACCAGGCCCCCAGGGGCAGCCAUGCCCACCACAGAGCUGAGUGCCUUGCGGCCCCCUGUGCUACAACUCUCCGCCCUGGGAACUGCCCCACCCACCCUGGCCCUGCACUACCACCCUCACCCCUUCCUCAACAGCGUCUACAUUGGGCCAGCAGGACCUUUCAGCAUCUUCCCUAGCAGCCGGCUGAAGCGGAGACCAAGUCACUGUGAGCUGGACCUGGCUGAGGGGCACCAGCCCCAGAAGGUGGCCCGGCGCGUGUUCACCAACAGCCGCGAGCGCUGGCGGCAGCAGAACGUUAACGGUGCCUUCGCCGAGCUCAGGAAGCUGCUGCCGACGCACCCGCCCGACCGGAAGCUGAGCAAGAACGAGGUCCUCCGCCUCGCCAUGAAAUACAUCGGCUUCCUGGUGCGGCUUCUGCGCGACCAAGCAGCGGCGCUGGCCGCAGGCCCCACCCCGCCCGGGCCUCGGAAACGGCCGGCUCACCGAGGUCCAGACGACGGUGCCCGCCGUGGGUCCGGACGCAGGGCCGAGGCGGCAGCGCGCUCGCAGCCCGCGCCCCCGGCCGACCCCGACGGCAACCCUAGUGGGGCGGCGCGGCCCAUCAAGAUGGAGCAAGCAGCUUUGAGUCCGGAGGUGCGGUGACCCCUCUCAGCGGCGCCUCUGAGCCGAAGGGCACCGGGAACUCAGCCCAGAGCCGUCGAGGAAAGAGCGGACGACGCGCUGUAACUGCUCGGGAGCAAACUCCCCCGAACAGGGACCAGUGAGGACGUCCCCGACAGGGGCAAGGUCCUGCAGGUCUGGAAGGGUGACUUUCGCCCCUAGGGACCCCGAAGACCCCUUUUUAAAAAAUCACUCACCGCCUGCUGGAAGCCGUGGCCUCGCCCGUGUCCUCUUCCCAGGGGCGAGGUCGGGGAACCAACAUAGCAGAGCAAUCAUCGGA